AUGCUUGAAGCGGGCGUCAUCCGGCCCGUCAGCCGCUCCGACUGGGCCACUCCUCUGGUGAUUGCUCGUAAGGCGGACGGCGGAAUACGGCUGUGUGCGGACUAUAAGGUGACCCUUAAUCCUAACUUAUUGGUCGAUAGGUACCCGGUUCCCAAGGUCGAUGACCUUUUUAGCACGCUAAGCGGAUAUAAGUAUUUCACUAAAUUAGACUUGUCACAAGCUUAUAAUCAACUAGUCCUAGAUGAGGCGUCCACGGAGUACACGGUAAUGAAAGAGCUGCACGACACACACAUGGGUGUUGUUAAAACAAAGGCGUUAGCACGGAGCUACGUGUGGUGGCCGGGAGUGGACGAGGCCGUGGAGGCGGCCUGCGGCGGCUGCGAGGUGUGCGCCAGCGUGGCAAGCGCGCCGCCCGGCCACGCACCGAGCCCCUGGCCAUGGCCCAAUCGCCCAUGGCGUAGAAAUAGCUCAUUAAUUGUUCCGCAAGUAGAUAGAUGCGAGCUGGAAUCAGAGGAACGACCAGCGGAGCCGAUUAGAGCUAGCGCGAGCGAGGCUGCGACUAAAGAUGCUUCCCCGCAGGCUGCCGCCGUGGACCAGCCCCAGGUUGUAACCGAUAUGGAGGAUGAGCUCCCUCUGGGCGGCGCGCGAGAGGCGUGGGCGAUACGCGGCGCGGGGCGGCGGCGCGCGGCGCACUCCUGCAUGAUAUGCGAGAAACAAUUUCGCAAACCGUGUAUGUUAAGUAUACACAUGAGAACACACACUGGCGAGAAACCCUACGGGUGCCAUCUUUGCAACAAACGGUUCAUUAGUCCGACGUAUCUGAAGAAGCACAAAUUCAGGCACACGGGCGAAAAACCGUACUCUUGCGCCACCUGCCAUAAAAGGUUUUCGAACUCGCACCACCUUCAAGUACACAUGAGAUUACAUACUGGAGAAAAACCAUACUCGUGCAAGCUAUGCAACAGGGAGUUCACGCAGGUGGCGACUUUGAAGAAACAUGAGCGGGUCCACACGGGGGAGAGGCCGUGCGAGUGCGCCGUGUGCGAGAAAGGGUUCAUAUCGUCCAGCUACCUCAAGAGGCACGCGCAGAUACACGAGAAACACAGUUACUCAUAAAUCCUUCACAUUUUUAGAAACGUAUAUAACAAACUUAAUAGAAAAACCUAACGCA